AUGGCGGAAUACGUCUUACCGAGAUCCCGUGAUCACGCUCUCAGCUUGGUGGAGGUUCGCCCUGAUUGUGCUACCGAUGCCAAGUGCGCGGUGAUCAAUUGCGAAAAUGCCGCCUGCGAUGGCGAUGAAUCCGUCAAGUUCUACUUGUUCCCCGACGACCCAUUGGAACGUCUGAUCUGGGUUAUGCUGAUGGGUCGUGUUGACAGAACGCGGAAGCCUUGGUCAGCGCAGCAGUCGAAGCUUUACUACGUUUGCUCUAAGCACUUUCUCGGCAACAGAAGGCUCCUCCUGCCCGAUACAGAUCAUUAUUACCCCAGCAUCUUCCCGGCGAUCCUGAACGUGCACUGCCUGCCUCAGGUCGGGCCGGACGAAGAGAAAAUCGCGUUGAUUCCGCGUGCCGCAGGCUUCUACAGGCAUCGGCGUCUCGUCGAAGAGCGAACAACACGCGUGACGAUACAUCGAGAAGAAUUACCAGAAUUGGAUGAAGGAGGAUUGAAGUGGUCUCAACUCCAAGACAUCGCUUACGAAGGAAUCUAUCUGCCCUUCAUCGAGGAGUUCAACAAACUAGUAUCUGAUUUGCAACGCACUGACGAAAUUACGCACUUCAGAGUGGAGAAGAUCGAAGAGAGACUCGCUUGCGUUCGAGAUCAGAUGCAUCGCAGUCUCCGACGCAUGCUCGAAUGUGAAGGAGACCAGUCAUCGGUCAAUAUCUACAACACUAAUCAGCGAUUUUCGGAUCAGACUCCGACAGGUCUCUCCGCCAGGGGCAAAGCCUCAGAUAAACCAGUGAAGAAAACCAAAACGCACAGUUUUGUCUCGGGUCCGGAGGGAGCGAGAAUUCCGAUAGAUGUUACCAUGCCAUCGAUUAUCAAGGACUGGACCUACACGACACUGAAUCACCUGAAAAUAGGCCAAAAGGUGCUCGCGCUCGAUAUAACUGGGAACUGGCUCACUUCCCUCGUCAGUGAAAUCGAUUAUGCGACAUCGACGGCUAAGGUGAAACUGCAAGGUUCGGCACGAGAAAAUUCGGUGUCUCUGUCCGAAGUGGCGUAUGGAAGUGCAUCCCCGAUGCAGAUACAGCUGGGCUGUCGAGUGUUGGCGGGCAUCUCAUCACCGCAAGCUGGUGUAGUGAUGGAGUAUCCGAAGUGGCAAAACAAUAAUCGCUAUCUGAUUCUGUUCGAGAACGGCCGAUGGGCCUACCAUGAGCACCGUUCGCUGUUCUUGAUCUGCAAGCAGACUUCGCAGACGUGGCUUCACGUCGAUCGAGAAAUUCAGGACACCGUGAGAGACUUCUUCACAACCACAGAGCAUCCGCUUCUCCGGGUGACGGUCGGUCAAAGGAUAGUCGCCGAGAAAGACAAUCAAUGGUUCGAUAGCGAGGUGAUUUCGUUGGACGGUAAUCUCAUAGAAGUAGCUUUCACGCAUUAUGGAUCGAAGCUUGCGACCGAAUGGUUGUACGCCGGCUCACCUCGAUUACAAGAGAUCUUCGGUCUUUUGCAUCCGACUGCUACGACCACCCGAAAACACGCCAAAAGAAAAGUCGCCCGGAGAGUGAACGAGCCAUACGUCGAGUACGUCGACGACGCCAUCGAUGUAAUCACGCUCUCUGACGAUGAGGACGACGACCGAUACGGGGCUCAGAGCUUGAGGAAAAACACGGCGAGGAAGAGCACCGCUCAGCCCGCACCCCGAACGCGAUCUCAGCACUCUGCCGUCGAUAAAGACCCGGGCUUCUUGGGCUCUGUACGUCGGGACGAAGUCAAACCUCUAGCACAGCCAAAAGAGUUCGUACCCCACGUUUGUGGGCCCUCCUGUCUGCCGAUCAACGACAGUCCAUCGAAGCACGCACAUCAUAGUCCGUAUCUGAUGCCUCAUCUGAUGGCCUGGAGAAGACUCAUACUGGAAUCGAGCGAAGGCAAAGGAGUCAUAUAUAAAGCUCCGUGUGGGAAAAGUCUACGGAAUGAGACCGAGACGCUCCACUGCCUACUGCUGACAGAAUCUAAGAUAAAAAUUGAUCAGUUCUGCUUCGACCCUGAGUUCGAUGCCUUCGCAAUUUGGGAGCCGGAGCGCAAGAAUGUCUUCGAAGUUGAUAUCACGAACGGUGAGGAGCCGUACCCGAUCUCCUUCGUGAAUGGCGUUGAUACCACGGUGGAUAAGCUGGUUCCGUACUGGUCCAAGAGACGACCGACGAAAGCUGCGAAACGGACCAUGAUCCUCGACGAGGAAUUUCUCCCAUGCUGUUCCUGCGAGGACGAGUGCCUGGAUCGCUCAAAAUGUCAAUGCCAGAGUCAGACGGUUGCAAUCUCGGACUCCAUCAGCGGAGAAGUCGACCCGGAGGCGGGAUACAGUUUCAGAUCCUUGUCCGCUUCUCAAUCGACAGGAAUCUUUGAAUGCAAUUCUCGCUGCUCGUGCAAAACCCAGUGCAUUAACAAAGUGGCGCAGAAUGGCGUACAGGUUCGGAUGCAAAUUUUCAAAACUCUCAAGAAAGGUUUUGGUGUUCGCACCGUCCACGAUAUCCCGAAAGGGAGAUUCUUGUGUACCUAUGCCGGCACGAUUCUCACGGAUAAAGAAGCAGAGUCUAGUGGGCAAGAUACGUAUUUCGCCGAGCUCGAUUACGUCGAUAUUGUUACGCAGAGCAAAGAAGACUAUGAGAGUUCCGUCAGCGACAUCGAGGACGAUUUCGACGAGCCUGACGAUUCGGACAGCGAAUCCGAUCGUAAAAGACUGGACGGGAACGCUCUGCGGCAGCUCUAUUUCGGAAACGGAGACAGCUAUGUGAUGGACGCCCUGGACGGAGGGAACAUAGGUCGAUACUUUAAUCAUUCCUGUGAUCCGAAUAUCUUCGUGCAGAACGUAUUCGUGGACACCCACGACAUCCGCCUCCCGUGGCUGGGCUUCUUCACUGACAGACUCAUCAAAGCUGGGGAAGAGCUUACCUGGGAUUAUAGAUACGAGGUCGGUUCUGUGAAAGGCAAAAGGCUCCUCUGUUAUUGCAACAGCGCUAACUGUCGCAAAAGACUUCUGUGAAAAGCGCACACCUUUUGAGAAUUCUCUCGCAGCGAGGUCGCAUUUGUUUUUCGAAAGUGGUUCACAACCAUUCUGGGCCGACCGCCGAUCGGUUUUAGAAGGCGCGAUCUUUAUUCUCAAUUGCUUUUCCAAGAGCGUGAACGUGCAAUACUCUUAUGCAUCAGAUUCUCCAUUGUGCUCCGACGGGUUGAUUUUGGCUCCAAUGAUGUGUAUAUCCUUCGAUCUACGAUCUGAAUCGGUCCAUGACAUUCUUGACUUGUGGAUAAUAAAAAAAUGAAAAAG